AUGGCCCCAUACAACAGCCACUACGGCACUCGUUACGAUCCUGUAGGCAGUCAAUACAAUCAGCAACACCACCAGAAUUACUACACCCCAACCUCUCAGCAGCCUGCGACCCAGCAGCGACAGGCCACCCAAACUCCGCAGUCACAGCCUUCUGCUCCUCCUGGAUAUCAGCAAUCCUACACUGCAGGCUACUCGAACCAGCCAUACUACAACUACCAGUCAACAGAGAGUCGUGCUGCCGAGACCCUGAGCCACCUGAGUGCACAGGAACAUACAUCCACUUCCAACCGCCAAUACGAUACGAACUCUCGCUCAGACUCCUCAUGGAAUACAUCCGAUCGACGAGCCGCCAAUCCCUCUCCUCUCUAUCAGCAAGAACAGCGGUCAGCUAGCAACACUGCCACUUAUAGCCCCGCGCAGUCCUAUUCUCAGCCCACAUCGAACGCUGGCACAUAUUCAUACUCUUCAUAUACCCAGUCAGAACAGCCGAGAGCUCAGACGACCACAUCAAACCAACCCACAUCCUACGACUACUCUGCUUCCAGCUUUCGCCCAGCCAGUCCCUACUCUGCUCGCCAACAGCAACAACAGCCAAGUGGUCCUCGAUCUAGCGUAUCCUCCGUCGCCUCGACAAACCCUCGCGACCAUCACUUGACGACAGCCGCAUCACAUACCUCCGCUAACGUCGGCCAACCGCGUGCCCCAAGUGUCACUCCAAGCUCCGUUCACCAACGAGCUAGUUCUGGAUACGCCCGUCAGUCAAACCCUCCGGAUCAAGGCUACGGUCCUGGACCUAUUACUGUAGAUCCUGUUGCAGUCUACGAUCCUUGGCCAGAGCAGCAGCGCAAAUUAGCCGAAGCACGCAAGAAGGCUGAAGCUGAAGAGAAGCGACGAGCAGAGGAAGAGGCUAGAAUCAAGGCAGAGGAAGAAGCAAAACGCAAGGCUGAAGAGGAAGUAAAGCGAAAAGCAGAAGAAGAAGCGAGGGAAAAAGCAGAAGAGGAAGCUCGCAAGAAGGCAGAGGAGGAAGCUAAACGAGGGGCUGAAGAGGAGGCCAAACGAAAAGUAGAGGAAGAAGUGAAGCGCAAGGUUGAAGAAGAGCGGAAAGCUGCGGAGAAGCGCAAGGAAGAGGCCAAGAGACAGGAGAGUCUGCGCCUUUCGCGAGAGCUUGCAAACCAGGAAGAAGCGAAGCGAAGGCAAUAUCAGCAACAUAUGGCGUCUCAGCAGCGUCCCACGAACGACCCUUCUGCGGAAACCACAGUCCAGGCUACUGGACAUAGGAUGAUGGCUGCUGCUAUGGCAGACGCAAACUCUGGCGGCGGCAAUAGCGGUGAUCUUGAAACCGAGAUGGCUGCUAUUUUCAGAAAGAUGCGUGAUCUCAACCAGGCUGAUCCACAAAUGUUUGCACGUAUGUGGGAAAGCGAGAGGCAGGCUCAUCUGAGUAAAUCCCAAGGCAACACUCCAGCUCCAGCUGCAGCUCAAGCUCCCGCACAACGACCACAGGGCCCUGCUCGACCUGUGUUUACACCUGCGCAAAAUCAGGCACCCCAAGCUCCUAUGGUCUCUGCUCCUCCUGCUCCGCCAUCUGUUGCUGUUCCUCAGCCUGCUACUGCUGGGCCUAGUAAUCCCCAGGCAAACACUCGUAAGCAAGUGGCUGUGCCUCCACCUCCCGGGGGUCCUAACGCUAUCUGGCCUCCUGGCAAGAAGGCAACAUUGGCCGAGACUGCUACAAGGUGGUUGAAUGCGAGAAAGGAGAAUGUCAAUAAGCUGGUCUCGGUCGAAGCAAUUCAUGCAUUACUUGCACCAAAUCCUUCAUACAUGACUCUUUGCGAAAGUCUUGAGCGCAUGGGUUUGUAUGUUGACCGAGCUCAGUUUGCUCGUGCUUUGUUGUCGGUCGUUCCUGAUUCUGCAAAAGCGAACCAGAACAAGCCGGCAUCUCCUGCUUUACCGCCAGCACAACCUCCAGCAGCUGCAGCUCCUCCACCUCAGCCUUCAACUCAGUCUGCACAAGCCACACCACAGUCUGUGCCGGCAGCAAAGAAGCAUCCUAACAUUGGCAAGUUUCCAGGACAACGAGGUCGACCCAGUCGUGCUGCAUUGGCCAAUCUUCAAGAACGAUCGAACGUUGUUGAUCUGACCGGCCGCGACUCUGUACCUCCAGCUGCUCCCCCUGUCUCGCAACCAUACUUUUCUGGAGCGCAUUCUGUUGACGCGCCAACUGUAAACUACCAAUCACAGUGGGCUCCUGUGGAUGGUGCUCCAGUCUACUCGACAUCAUACACACCACCUCAACCUCAGCAUCAGCCACCGCGCCAACAAAAUCAACAGCAGCAGCAACAACGAGCAGUGAUACAGAAUCUUCAGAAUCAGCAUAGCAAGUACUCUAGUCCAUACUUCCAGCAACCCAGCCAAGCACCCAACAUUGCAAGACCAACGCCUCCAGCAGUACCAAGACCGCCGCCAGCCAACAAGGGAGAGGCAGCUCGCAAGCGCAACUUUGACGAACUUGUGGAUAUGUCAGCAAUGAACUCUGACUCUGAUGAGGAUAUGCCUUCAGCAAAGCAGGCCAACACUGGACAAUACGAUAUGAACAUGGCUUCGGAACACGUCAAUCAUGCUCAUAGCAAUGGUCACUUCAAUCCUGUUGUGCCUCAAAUCCAGCAGUACUACUUCAAUGGCCAAUACUGGCCCACUAAUCCUGUACCCUCCAAUGCUGCCACUGCUGCACGUCCCAUGAUCGUCAGCAAACACAUGGAACUCAGGAAUCAAGUUCUGGUCGAACCUAUCAGACGUGCUAAGGUUGCACGCAAGUCUAGAUAUGAUCCACGAACAAUCUGUAGAGAUGUUCUUCUAGCGACAGGACGUCAUCCAGACAUGCGACCCUUGAAUCAACAUCUCAACGUAAUGCACAACUUCCUCAAGCUGCAUUCCAAGGAUGUCGAACAGGACAAGUUUGAUCUUGACACGAUUCGCUGGGAUAUCAUUGAUCCUGGUGAGCCAAUAGUUGAGCCAGUUGAACCUGCAGAGGCAGACAGAGAGUCUACAGCGGAAGCGGAGACAAUUGAGAGGGCCGCAACAGAUGCUGACGACGAAGGUGGAAGUGAAGACGAAGGUCUCACUUCUGAUGUCGCUCCUCCCAUCACUGCCACUAACGGAGCUUCCACAAGUGAAAACACACCAGCUCCUUCAACAUCUCGCCACGCAUCAACCAGCCAACUCGUCGCUGUAGAGAUCGAGACGAAAAAAGGCAACCAGGGCCGCAUGAGGAAACCAUUCCCUAAGGCCAAGUCUGGACGACCUCGCAAGAGCCUUGCCGUCACUUCGAGUGAAGUUGGCAACGGAAAAUCUCCGGCUAAACCCGCGGCUCGCCGACAUACCGACCUUCAUCAACGCGCGCCAUCGUCCAUCGCGACUGAUACACCUCGUGAACAACAAACACAAAACAUGUCGUCAACACCGAUUCCAGACAAGCCGGUUGGCUAUACAGCGUUCCGCUCACAAGUCACCGAGUAUGAUGAGAAUGGUAAUCCGAUCAAGAGAAAAGGUCGCCCUGUCGGUUGGCGCAAGAGCAUCCAUAGUAAGGCGGCACUUGCAGCAGCAGCAGGCGAGAGUGGUGACGGCACAAUUUCCAAGUCAUCAACAGCUCCGCGAACAUCUCGAGUUCAAGCCGCGCCAAGCUAUGCACUACCAAAGCAGCGUCGUAACAGACAGCCCAAACCUGUUGUCGAAGUCAAGGAGCCUCAAGUUGAGUUCAACGUGUACAAGUGCGAGUGGGAAGACUGCGGUGCGGAAUUGCACAACAUCGACACGCUUCGCAAACACGUGCUCAAACUUCACGGCAGAAAGACAGCAGAGGGCGAUUACGAAUGCGCAUGGUUCGGAUGCUUCCAAGAAGACGAGGUGACUGCUUUUGACGAUAUGGCUCAAUGGAUGGAGCACAUGGAAUCACAGCACGUCAAGCCGAUCUCACGUACUCUGGGUGACGGACCUCGCUCAGGACUAUCAGACCGGUACUCUGAACGGUCAGAUGCAUAUCUUUCCGACUCACACGGCAGGUUGGUGACGCCAAUCAUCUCGAUGGCACCACCGAAACAAGGAACAAAGGAGUGGGCAGCACAGCAAGAAGCAGAAGCAGCAGCCAGAAGACUUAGCAACCUCACUGGAUCUCGGCUGAACGAUGAGAAGUUGCUGCAGCAAAUGGAGGAGAAGAAACGAAUCGUUGGACCAGCAUUGACAAAGGCAGGAAGCGUUUUGUUUACCGAAGAGUUCAAACGCAACUUUCUUGACGACGAAGACUUUUUUGAGUUUGUGGAUCCUAAUGAGGAUGGCCCUGCUUACCCACCCGAAUAG